UUACAGGUUUGGGACCGUGAAAAGAUUGUUAUUAUACCAGAUCACUAUAUCUUCACUAGUGAUGAACGUGCAAACCGUAAUGUGGAUAUUUUGAGGGACUUCUAUAUGGAACAAAAUAUUAAAUAUUAUUAUGAUAUCAAGGAUCUUGGUAAUUUCAGGGCUAAUCCAGAUUACAAGGGUGUAUGCCACAUUGCUCUUGCGCAAGAAGGUCAUUGCAGACCUAGCGAGGUUUUGCUUGGCACAGAUUCCCACACAUGUAAUGCUGGAGCUUUUGGUCAAUUUGCUACCGGAAUUGGCAAUACUGAUGCAGGUUUUGUCAUGGGGACUGGGAAGAUUCUACUUAAGAUACCCCCAACUAUGAGGUUCAUACUGGAUGGAGAAAUGCCAAAGUAUUUGCUUGCCAAGGAUUUGAUUUUGCAAAUUAUUGGUGAAAUAACUGUUUCCGGUGCAACAUACAAAUCCAUGGAAUUUGUUGGCUCUACUGUUGAAAGUUUAAAUAUGGAAGAGAGAAUGACAUUGUGCAACAUGGUUAUUGAGGCGGGGGGGAAAAAUGGGGUUGUCCCUGUUGAUAAAACCACACUUAAAUACCUCGAGGACAAAACAACCUUGACUUUUGAACCCGUCUAUAGUGAUGAUUGUGCCAGAUUUAUUCAAGAAUACAAAUUUGAUGUCUCCAAGUUGGAACCGUUGGUUGCAAAGCCACAUUCUCCUGGUAAUCGUGCUUUAGCAAGAGAAUGCAAGGAUGUCAAAAUUGACAGGGUAUAUAUUGGCUCUUGCACUGGUGGAAAGACAGAGGACUUUCUAGCUGCUGCAAAGGUUUUUCUAGCUUCGGGGAAAAAGGUGAAGGUACCCACUUUUCUUGUCCCUGCUACACAAAAGGUAUGGAUGGAUAUAUAUGGCCUUCCGGCAGGAUCUGGUGGCAAGACUUGCUCUCAGAUAUUUGAGGAAGCUGGUUGUGAGGUUCCGGCAAGUCCUAGUUGUGCAGCUUGUAUGGGUGGCCCGCUAGACACUUACGCACGGAUCAAUGAACGUCAGGUCUGUGUCUCUACCACGAAUAGGAACUUCCCUGGAAGAAUGGGGCACAAAGAGGGCCAGAUCUAUCUUGCUUCGCCAUAUACAGCUGCGGCUUCAGCCCUGACGGGCUAUGUUACAGAUCCCAGAGAGUUCCUCCUGUAGA